CUCUGUUUGAUUAUGGUGAUUUUAUGAAGGAUUUGGAGAAUUUCGGCUGCUAAAAAUAUUACCAUAGACAACAUUGUAUGCACAGGAACGCUGGAUUCUCACAUUGCCAGUAUCAGUGUCACUGUAAUGUAUCUGGGACUCCCUUCUUGUCAGGGAUGGACCUGAUAUCAAAACCAUGAUGGCUGUGGGAGUGUGAAUGAAUGUGCAGUCAUCUUGUGGAUAGAUAUACAUUCCGUCUGUUCUCAUCACUCGUCCCGGUGUUGGUUUUAGUCUGGUACGAACUGUGGCGGACUUGAUUCCGCAGGUCUUGGACAGGCUACCAUGGGAUCAUGUAUAUGCAGGGACAAAUCCACGCAGCACGAUGAGGCAGAGUACCGGGACUUGAGGCACCCACCGGGGACGGCCAAUGGGUUUCCACGGCGAUCAGCGGGCUCCUCACGCAGUCAUGAGCAUGGCAGCAUCGACUCACUGGUGUUGGAGACGUUGGCACUCAUCCGCACACUCGUUGACAAUGAGCAGGAGCCGCCGGCUGCACUGCUGACUCUACACAAGGCCGCGGAGCGAGACCAAGGGUGGCUGGACGUGGUCAAGUCGCUCAUCCUCGUCAUACCAAUGGAAGAUCCUCUGGGGCCAGCAGUCAUAACUCUAUUGCUCGACGAGUGUCCACUGCCAACUAAAGAAGCUCUGUAUGAAUUACGUACAAGUUUGCAGUUGACAAGUCAUGGCCCAGCAGAAUGCUACAAUUCUCCCAGCCACCAGCGUAAUUUGUGCGUGAUAUUGGGCUGUUUGGCUGAAAAACUGGCAGGUCCCAGUAGUGUGUCACUGCUCUCCACUGAAGUUCUAGAAUAUUUGCUAAGUCAAAUGGAACAUACAAAUGAUCCCAUAGUAAUACUGCAUUCCAUGAUAGCUGUUGAGAAAUUUGCCCAAACUAGUGAAAAUAAGGUGACCAUAAGCCAUGCCUUAAAGCAGAAGAUCAUAAAUCCAUUGCUGAUCCUAGAAAAAUGGGUCAACCAUUCGGAGUUUAUCAAGAGAGAGGUCGGCUUCUGUGCCAGCUGGUGCCUCGACAACCUGUUUACUAUUGAGGGUCGUUCAUAUACAUAUGAAAAAGUUGACCUGAAAGGAAUCCAUGUGAUGCUAAACAACUACGAUGUUAGUGAAUAUCUAAAGAUAUCAUCUGACGGGCUGGAGGCGAGAUGUGAUGCGUCUUCGUUUGAGAGUGUGAGGUGCACGUUUCAAGUGGACUCUGGAGUCUGGUACUACGAGGUGACGAUCAUCACGGCGGGCGUCAUGCAGAUCGGCUGGGCCACCAAAGACAGCAAAUUUCUCAAUCAUGAGGGUUAUGGUAUUGGUGACGGCGAGUUUUCAAUGGCGUAUGAUGGUUGUCGGCAGCUCAUCUGGUAUGAUGCAGAUAGUGAAGCACACUCACAUCGUUGUUGGAAACCAGGUGAUGUGUUGGGUUUACUGCUGGACGUGGACAACCAGAAGCUGAUCUUCUAUCUGAACGGUGACCCACUGCCACCCCUGUCUCAGCUAUUUACUUAUGCAAGAAAUGGAUUUUUUGCUGCUGCUAGUUUCAUGUCAUUUCAACAGUGCCGGUUCAACUUUGGCUCAGAUCCGUUCAAGUUUCCACCAGAUGUGAAGUUCAAGAAUUUCAAUGACUAUGGUUCUCUUACUGAUGAUGAGAGGGUCAUUUUGCCACGACAGCAGAAACUGGAUUUGUUGAAGCAAGUGACAGUGAAGGAAGAUUCAUGCACUCUGUGCUUUGACAAACAAGCUAACAUUGAGCUGGAACCAUGUUCACAUAGAGGAAUUUGUGACGUGUGUGCAAUGCAGUUGGAGACUUGCCCAAUAUGCAGGAUGGAAAUAAAGAACAGAUCAAAAAUAAUAGAAGAAAUGGACACAAAUUCAGCUGGCAGUCAGACUAACAAAGAAAACCCAACAAAAUCUAAAUCUGAAAAUGUUAGAGAAGAAAAGUCGGCAAUCUAUAAAACAGAACAUGUUACAGAAGAAAAGUCCGCAAAUUCUAAAUCUGAACAUGCUACAGAAGAAAAGUCUGCAGAUUCUAAUUCUGAACAUGUUACAGAAGAAAAGUCAGUAAACUAUAAAUCUGAACAUGUUACAGAAGAAAAGUCAGCAAAUUCUAAAUCGGAACACUGUAUACAAGAAAAUCCAACAAACUUAAAAUCAGAACAUGAUACCCAAGAAAAUCCAACAAACUUAAAAUCAGAACAUGAUACCCAAGAAAAUCCAACAAACUUAAAAUGUGAAUAUGUUAUACAGGAAACAGCGAUUACUAGUGCCGGAAACCUCAAGCAAACAAUUACCAACCUAACAGCGGAGUUGCAAGAAACCUAGCAUCUAGUGUGUAUUUUAAAUUGUUUUAUCUAUCUAGACUUUUUAUACAUUGUUAAAAUACAUCAACAACAAAUAGUUGAAUUGAUCAACCUUUUUUGUGGGGUUUUUGCGUAUUUAAACCAAUUUUUUUUAAUUAAAAGACACAAAGUUGUUUGCUAUUUAUGUGUACUUGAUAUAGAAAUAUGUUUUUAAUGAUUUUAAGAGCUCUUAAGAUCAAAGGUAGCGAUUUAUUCGCCAUACCAUUGGUUAACUUUACCCACUUUAAAAUAUGUUUUUUGCAUCCACAUUAAACAUUUUAUUAAUUAAUUAAUUUAUUUUUAUAUUCUUUAGUAAAUAUCAGUGGUAUUUAUCUCUAUAUAUGAAUAAAUGUAUUGCAGUGUGUAAAAAUAUAAUUAUUUACAAAGUAUCAGGAAGAAGUAAUGGAUAAAAUGCACCAAGCAAUUAUUUUUAUACUUGGUUAAAAUACUUCACGAGUUACUCACAAUUUUCAACAUUUUCACAAGUCUUUUUUAUUAUUUUAUUACAUUACAAUUCUUAAGAUCCAAAAGCAAAUUAAAAGAAAUAUUUUGUUAACUGGCAGAAAAAAUGCUAUCAUGAAGUUCCAAGAUUUUAAAAUUAAAACCCCCCAUAAAACUUCAGAAAAAAUGCCAUCAUGAAUUAAUAAGUUCAGGAUUUUAAAAUUAUAAAAACAUAGAACUGUCUCUUUCCACAUUUUUUGGGAUAAUUUAUUAACAGCAACAUUUGUUAGUUUGCCCUUAUUAUUUCUAAUACCUUUUCAAUUUAUAAAUGACCAUCAACAAAAUUAAUCUACUAAUAAACAGAUUUGUGUUAACCAUUAAUUUUAAAAUUAAUUAUGAAUGUGCACCGCCUUUGAGAAUAAUUGAAAUACUUGUCUGUAUGAUUUGUUUGUACCAAACUUAUAGCAGCUUUGUCUGGGUGAUAUCUAACAACAUUCAUUUCCUACAGUAGCCAAUGUUCUCAAUUUACUGGUAGUAGACAAACAGACAUGGAGACGGGAUAGUGGUCAAGUGCUCGCAUUAUAUGCGGUCGUUCUGGGAUCAAUCCCCUUCGGUGGGUCCAUUGGGCUAUUUCUCACUCCAUCCAGUGCACCACAACUGGUACAUCAAAAGUUGUGGUAUGUGCUAUCCUAUCUGUUGGAUGGUGCAUAUAAAAGAUCCCUUGCUACUAGACAAACAGACCAACACAACUUUUACUGUAGUAGACAAAGAGACUAACACAACUGAUAACUCCUACUAUAGAAGACAGACUAUCACAACAACUAUAGUAAACAAAGACAACUCUUACUUCAAUAACAUUAGUAUAGAAGACUGACAACACUACUCCAACUAUAGUAGACAAACAUUACUUCUACUGUAGUAGACAGAGACUAACACUACUGCUACUGUAGUAGUAGACAGAUACCAACACAAGUUCUACUGUAGUAGACAAACAGCCGAACAUAACUUCUACUGUAGUAGACAAACAGACAAACAUACCUUCUACUGUAGUAGACAAACUGACAAACAUACCUUCUACUGUACUAGACAAACAAACACAACUUCUACUGUACUAGUCAAACUGACAAACACAACUUCUAUUGUACUAGACAAACUGACAAACACAACUUCUACUGUACUAGACAAACUGACAAACAUACCUUCUACUGUACUAGACAAACAGACAAACACAACUUCUACUGUACUAGACAAACUGACAAACACAACUUCUACUGUAGUAGACAAACUGACAAACACAACUUCUACUGUACUAGACAAACAGACAAACACAACUUCUACUGUACUAGACAAACUGACAAACACAACUUCUACUGUAGUAGACAAACUGAUAAACACAACUUCUACUGUACUAGUCAAACUGACAAACACAACUUCUACUGUACUAGACAGACAAACACAACUUCUACUGUACUAGACAAACUGACAAACACAACUGCUACUGUAGUAGACAAACUGACAAACACAACUUCUACUGUAGUAGACAAACUGACAAACACAACUUCUACUGUACUAGACAAACUGACACACAACUUCUACUGUACUAAACGAACACAACUUUAGCUUAUAUCAAAAAGCAGCCUGCACUAUUACAAUAAAUAGCUAAAUGAGGAGUAAAUUUAGCUUCACAACCUUCCACCUCAUUGUUGGUCAAGUAAUUAAUGUUGCCGUUAUACAAGUUGAGGUGUCCUGUUCAUUAAUGCCGCUGAACUUAAUUCAUCUUGAUGUUGUAGGCCUUUCCUAUUCAGAAAAUCCUAGAUCUGCUCCUGGUUGUCAUAGCCAAAUGUAAAUGACGAACGUCAUCCAGAGUUUAUUGUUGCAUAACAAAAUUUUCAGUAUUGGCCGGUCUUUUCAGUUAAAGAUGCAUAUAAACCUUUGCAAGCAGUGUUGUAUAUUAGAAUAUCUGAGUUUUGUUUUCUUUGUUGUGUAGUACUGAUUUUAAGUCUGUUAUGUAGGUUUUGUAGGUUUUGUUUUAGUCAGUCUAUAGUCUGUGAGAAUUUAUUUCAGUUUGCUUUUUGAUGUCGCACAGCUUGGAUUAGUAUGGUAAUCCAAAUGACACAAAUAAUGUUUGGGGAAAAAACCUAGAAAAAAUUAUAGUUUUGUUAGUGUUUUCAAUGACUGGCAAAAAUGUAGCACAUUCUACCAAGAAAAUUAAGCCUGUCAUUUUCUCUCCGUUUGAACGAGACUUUUGAAUGCACAGCUGAUAUUAACAUGAGCGUUUUAUGUAGUAAAAGAUAAUCACAUUAAAAUUUAUGAUUCAAUCAGCAACUCUUCAAUUAUUAAAAAACAUAAUUUUUCUGGGUACCAUUACAGGUGAUCUCAUGUGAAGAAAAAUAAUAAACCACAAAAACAACUACAAUUAACAACUGAGGACUAACACAGAUGGAACAUGGGACUAAAUGUUUUACAACUAGAUAUUUAUUAAGACAGAAGUUCUGUGAAAUAUGUUACCUGUUAUAUGAAACUGUUUUAAAUAUAUUAAGAUUGUUAUUAUUGUUUUGUAUAUUUGUUACUCGAUACUGUAUAUCAGAUAAUCCUGUAUAUACUUCAUAAUAUACACAAAUUUACCUAAAUAAAAGGCUAUAUUAACUG